AUGUAUAAUAUCAAAUUGAGGGGAGGGGAAAGAGCUGUGAGCGACGACGACGAGAAAACAACGACGGCGAUAGAGAAUUUUAAAAGCAGAGUAAUGGAUGCUCAAGCAAAGAAGAAGGCACUGUAUCGUGCUAAAUUGAAAGCGCAAAAGCAGGAUAAACGUAUUGAUUCUCCUCUCGUAAGGUACAAUGAAUCUGAUCAACCAGUCUGUAGGGUUUGUGAUAUUGUCCUAAAAUCUGACUCUGCUUGGGGUGCACACCAAAUAUCUGCUAAGCAUCGCGAGGCGAUUAAAAAUGUAAAAGCAAAUGCUGCUGCAGCUAGUAAGGUUAACAAUGUAAAGCCCGGUGGUUCUACAGAAUCUGGUAAAGUCAAACCUGUUGACUCAGUUAAAAGUCAAACCGAACCAGCUCAACCUAAACCUCAAUCUGUACUUCCUUCUGAUUUCUUUGAUAAGCCCGACACAAAAAGGCAAAAGAAUGAAAUCAGUAAUGCAAAGUUAAUGGAGAAUGAUAAAAAGAAGAAGGUGGUGGGUAGUGUUCAUGUUCAAGUUACAAAUGUGUUUAAUGUGGAGAAUAAAAGAGUUUCAGAGACCAUAGAUGCUGAGAUUGAGGGCUCUGAGACACGAACUCUUCCGGAAGGUUUCUUUGAUGAUAAAGAUGCUGAUCUACGUGCACGUGGAAUUACACCUGUUAAGCUAGAUAUCAAAGACGAGUACAAGGAGUUUGAGAAGUUGAUCCAAGAGGACUUGAAGGAGGUAGACAAUCGGUUAGAAGAGGAAGAGUAUGACGCUGCUGAGAUGAUCGAAGAAGCUGAAACCGCAGAGCAAAGGAGUUGUAGGGAGAGAGUGGAAUUAUUCAAGAGGAAAAAAUUGGCGCUUAAGGCCACAAAGUCAGGAAAGCAAAAGCAAAACACAGUUUCACUUGGUGAUUAAAUUUUUUGACCAAUCCUUCAAGUCAAUGAGUAACAGAUACUGGUACUUCUUGUUUAGACAUCACAUAUUUUCAAGUUCAUCAUCAUCAUCCUUGUAAUCCAACCUCCUAAUUAGUUACAAUUUUACCCCUAUGGUGUUAGUAUACUUAUAUCUUUGCAUUGGAGGUGUCAAACCAUAAAAAGGUUGUAGCAUUUUGAAAGACCUAACUUUUUAACUAUAUAUUGAAC